AUGAAUCUGGGCAGUGACGAAACCAGUUCAGUUUCCACAGCAACUGUUCAGGAAUCUGCCAUUCCAGUGCCUGUGCGUCAAGAUCAACAAUCUGCGCAAGACAUACCCAGCACUUCCACAAGUUCAGUUCUGGGUAGGUGUGGUAAACAAACAAAGAUUACUGGAUUUGCAUCAAGACCAGUGCCUUCAUCAAAACGAGCCAAAAUAGACGAACAUAUUUUAAGACUUGUUGCUAAAGAAUACCUUCCAUUUAAUGUAGUUGAGAGUGUAGAGUUUAGAAAAAUGACUUAUUUAUUAAAUGAAAACUAUGUACCACCAAGUAGAAAAACACUCUCCCACAGUUUACUCUCUCAAGUGUUCGACAGCACACUAGUGCGAGUAAGAUCUGCAGUGCAAGCUGCAUCCUACAUCUGCAUUACAACUGAUGGAUGGACAUCUGUGAAAAAUGAGAAUUAUAUUGCAGUGAGUGCUCACUUCAUUGAUGAAAACUGCAAUCUGAAGUCAUAUUUGUUAUCUAGUUUUAAAUUUCACGACAAGCAUACAGCAGAAAACAUUUCCAAUGAAUUACAAAAUGUGACUUCAACUUGGGGUAUCACCAAUAAAAUUGUAGCUUGCACUACAGAUAACGCACCUAAUAUGGUGAAGGCAGUGAUGAUGUGCAAAUGGUGGCAUGUACCUUGUUUUGCACAUACACUGAAUUUAAUCGUGCAAGCAAGCCUUGAACCAGUUACAGACACAAGGGCAAAGGUGAAGUCAAUAGUGGAAUUUUUCAAAAGAAGUCCUCGAGCACUUGAGAAAUUACACAAUAUUCAGAAGCAAAUGGGCGUUCCUAUUUUAACACCGAAACAAGAUUGCCCUACAAGAUGGAAUUCCACAUAUGAAAUGUUUGACAGGCUUUUGAAAAUCAAAGAGCCUUUGCAAAGCACCCUUGCCAUCCUCAGUGUGGAUUUACAAACAAAACUGUCCAAUGAAGACUGGUUAGUUAUUGAAAAAUCUUGUGAAAUACUAUCUCCUUUUGAACAAGUCACAACAGAAAUUAGCAGUGAAAGAAAUGUAACCUUGUCAAAAGUUGUCUUAUUAAGCAAAGGUUUACAAAGUCAUUGUCUGAGACUAAAAAACUCAGAUUACGGCAAUGAAGCCACUAAUACAGUAAUUGCUAAACUUGAGGACGGAAUCUGUACCCGCCUCGUUCAAAAGUUGGCAGAUAAAGCAAUUGCUUGUGAGGCAACAUUACUGGAUCCUCGCUUCAGGGAGCAUGGUUUUCCAAAAACUGGGCAUCGAUUAAAAGAAACAAAAGAUGCCAUAAUUAACAAGUGUUGUGCAAUACGACAGAAACCCACUCGGUGUUCUACAGAAAAUCCGCCACCAGCCAAACCAGUUGAGGUGAGCACAUUCACUUCUAGCAGUGGCAACAUUUGGCAAGAUUUCGACCAAGCUGUAGGUGGCUUGACCCAAAGUGUAGACAAUCCACGUGCUGCAAGUAUAGUCGAGCUUGAUAAAUAA